AUGUCAUCCGGCUGGCAAGUGUCUACGCCUGCGAGCUUCGCACAAGAGCAGGACCGUGCUGCCUCACGUCGCGGGUCACCCUCCAUCGGGCCUUUGUCAGAACCAGAGACAACUGCCCGUUUCAAGCUUCAACUUCCGAGCGAAGAAGCGUGGGAAGAGUACUUGAGCUCAGGUACUGAAGCUGAACAGCGCGCCCGGGAAUUCUUCUUCCGUGUUCCGCCGUCCAGUAUACCAACGGUCACGGUGACCAGCAUCUGCUCGGAUUUCUACGCGACAGCAGCUUCUCACGGCAAUGAAUUGGUCAAAAAUCUCAAUCAGGCCCUGGCUUUAAGUAACGGCCGGGAGUCGCCGGAGGUCGUAAAGCUGAGGAUGGUGAUCCGUGUCUUUCGGCAGGUACUCGUGGGCGCCGGAGAAGUCUUGAUACGUAAUAUUGUCGAUUUCAUCGAUGAUCAAAUGGGAGCCUGUCAGCGCCUCUAUCCAGUAGAAAGUUAUGGGCCAAACACAUCCCGAUGGCAACGACUAUUUUGCGUGAAUCGUCGACAGUGGUUCAGGAACGGUAUCAACUUCGACGAGCUGGGCAGUUACUUUACAAGAGACUGGUGUGAUAAUUUCUUUGACCAAGAGGAACCGAUUUGCCCGCCAAAAAUUACGGCAAACUGUCAAUGCUUAUCUCUCAUCAACGUCCUCUUCAGAAUUCUCGGCCCGGCUCUUGGGCCGCUUCAGAUGGGCUAUGACCAAUACGAGCUGUUUUACAAGCUCCUCGUACGUGAUGUCCUGGUGUACACUCUGCGGCACUCGGACUUCCGUGAUUGGGUUCGGCAGGCUCCUCCACCGCCAAUCCAAAAUCCAUCUAUUCCAGUCACCACAGACUGGCCGUUCAGGUUUUUUAGCCUGCGGGGGAAUGAUGAGCUGCGAGUCUCUAUUCGACAAAGGUUGCACAACCUCCGGGCGGAGACCAAGUCAUUGCUGCCACGGUUUGAUGGGUCGGCGUUGAAGCGUGGACUCAAAACCUAUCCGCUGCCUGAUAAUGAGGAGGGGCUCAUUAGAGAUAUUUGGAAGGUCAUGCGCGAUAAGAUACGUCGAUGGAUGGCGUCCCACGGGGAAGAGAGUGAAGACCUUUCGGACAGCGCAACGCACCCAAGCAAAUGGCCAGUUAUAGAUCGAUUGGAGCCCAGAGCGGCUCUGCGAUGGGCGUCUGGGUAUGCCUACUUGUCAAUCCCCCUUACAUUUGACAAGGAGCAAGACGUGGUUUUGAUCAAGGGAGCAAAUGCAAAGACUGAGAAAUGCGGGCCGUACACGGUAUUGGCUACAUUGAAAGGUCUAGCAGCGUAUCUGUGA